AUGCGCCUGCUAGCGUCGCUCCCUCGUCCCAUCCACUACAUAAACUGCUUCUACCUCGCCCUCUCUGCUCUCCCCCUCUCUGCUCUCCCUCACCACGAGCUAACAUUGAUCGAAUUUGCCAACAUCCAAUCAUUCAUCCACUUAACCACGAUGAAGCUCAUGGUAAUGAUCGCUCUCUUCUAUGGCAUCUUCGCCGCCUCCGUCAUGGCCGCACCCACUACCACCGGUGACGGUGAAGUGACCUUCGUCAACUCCAUCCUCAGGGACUCCUCCGCUAACGGCGACUUCGCUGCUCCGAAAGACAGGCCUGUUGUACCACCAAACACCUAUCUAGAUGUCACGCCAGAGCGCUGCAAUGCGCGCCAGGCAGAGUGCAUGGAGACGCUUGGGUACAACGACUGCACACAUGUCACCGACACUUGGGGAGCCGCCAACGCUGCCGAUACUGCUUCUGCCGACACUGCUUUCUCCAACAACACUGAGUCGCAAGCCGCUGCCCGCCUUGUUGGGCCUCCUCCAGGUCAGGCUCCUAGGCCUCUCAACGGUCCUCCUCCUUGCCACUGCUUCCGUACCACAAGCCUAGCAAAGGGAGGUGCCAGGACGCUUUCGACGAGUGCAGGAAGGGCUGAAUUUGCAAAGCCGACCCCAAGAACUGCGAUAGGCUGUGCGACUGUUAUAUUGGUAUCUGGGACCGCGCGUGCUACGCUGACCGGGGCCUCGGCACUUGUGUGCACGGCCAUCGCUUCCCGCAGACCUGAGUCGUUCACAGGCUGCUGUUGA